AUGAAAACACUAUUAAAUAAUAAGAAAUAACUUGGGUAAUAGGAAACAUAAACUAAAUCAAUAUAGAAACAUGAAUCAGCUGCCACUGUUAAUCUAGUUUAUCCAUAGUUGAAAUAAUAAAAUAGAAUAACAUCUGCAUAUUAUUCAGCUAAGUUAAUUAAAGGUAAGAUAACAUAAUUAAUGUUUAAGGACUUCCAUUAAGUGCACAACCUAUAGCAAGACCUAUAAAAAAGGUUCCAUAAUUGGAAUAUCCCUUUUUUCAAGAACCUCCACCAAUAUAGUUUUAAUCAAUUCAUGAUGAGGAUGUUUAACAAUCUAAGCAAACUUAAGAACCUGAAUUUGAAAUUAGAGCUACAACAGCUCCUGAAGGUGCUUAAAGAAAACCAAAAGCAAUUUAAGAUUUCAGAUAAUUGAUUUAACGAGUUCCAUAAACAAUUAAGAUGGAACCGACAGUAGGGCAAUUUGUGAUAUAAAAUAAAUUUCCUGAGUAUAUUGUAAAAAAUGGAAAAUUAAAUAUAUUAGAAUGAUUUUGAUGAAUUUACAGUGAAUCCCCAUGUUCAUAAACAUAUGGAAAGAUUAAAAUCAUCAAAUAGAUUAGUAAAUUAUCAAUAAUUAGCUCGUAAUUAAUCAUCAAAAUUGGAAAGAUAGAGAGAAUUAAUUGAGAAAACAAUAUCAAAUAGACCAGUUUAAUCAUAAUAAAUAAAGAAAAGAAAAUUAUUACCUGAAAAUAGACCAAAGACAACAAAUUAUAAAAGAGACAAUAAUUUAGGUGAUUGUUGGAAAGAUUUGGCAUAAAAAGUAGUAAUAUAAGCAAAUACAGCCAAUAAACCUAAAGAGGAAUCAGUACAUGAAUUAGAGAAAUCAUUAACUCAUUUAGAUUUAGAAUCAAAUGUAUUAACAUAGAAAGAGAAAGAAUAUAUAAAGAAAAAAAGAAAGCAAUUUUUAGAUGAUUUAAGACCAUAUUUAGAAAUGAAAUAAGCAUAGGCAGAAAAAAAGAGAGCAAUUGCAAAAAGAGAAGUAUUAUUAGAUAAAUUUGAUUAACAUAAUUCAUUAUUAAGUGAAUUAGAAGAUGAUGGUGAUUUAGGAAAGGAAGAAAGUUUUGAAAUGUUAGAUGAUGAGAUAUAAAUAUUUAAUAAACCUUUAGUUGAAUAAUAAAACUUUUUUGGUAAAGUUGAUCCAAUAAAUCGAUCAUUUGAAUAAUAAUUAAAGGAGACUUAAUAAAAAUUUGAAUAAAUGGUUAAAGAAGAUAAUAAAUUAUAUGAAGAUGCUUAGAGAAAUAAGAUAGAUAAACCAGCACCAUUUUUAAAGGUUGGAGAUCAUUUUUCAUUAGAUGAAAUUAAUUUAGUAUUAAGAGAAUUAAAGAAAUCAGUAGAUGAUAGAAAUUAUGAAUGUAAUUAAUAUAUAAUAUAAUUUAAGUAUUGGAUGGUAUUUGUAAGAAUUUAAAAUUCUUUUGGUAAUUUAGUAAAUAAACAAGAGUUUUAUUAUUAAAAUUGAGUUCUCUAGUAUUUUAUAAGUGUGGUGAAUAUAUCUUUUAUGAAGGUGAUGUGGGAGAAUAAAUGUAUAUAAUUCUUAAUGGUGGUUGUCAUGUAAGAAUUAAGAAUCCUCAUGUGGCUGAAUGUAAUCCAAUUGUAAGUACACUUUAUACUGGAUAAUAAUUUGGUGAAUUGGCUUUGAUUGAUCCAAAUACUAAAAUUAAUAGACCUGAUCAAAAUUAAUUACAUUCUAAUAGCAAAUAUACAUUAAAUAAAAUAAGAGAUGAGAUGUAGAGAUAAGAAUAACAGAAGGAAAAGGCUAAAAAUUGGUGGAAGAAAGAUUACAAUGAGGAUGAGAAAUAAGAAUAGGUUAAAAUCUAACCAAAGAGAAGUGCAUCUAUUGAAUGUGCUGUAGAUACAUAUUUAUUAGCAAUAUCAAGAGAUUACUUCAAAAGUAUUAUUUUGAAUGUCAUUACUUCAGAACUUGAAGAUAAAUUAAAGACUUUAUUAACAAUGCCUUGUUUUGAUGUAUUAUUACAAUUUAUUAUAUAAUAGUUUCUAUCUUAAAUGGAAUUAAUACCUAUAGCUAAUCUAUUGGAAAGUGAAACUUAUAGAUUGGGUUAAGUAAUUUUAAAGGAAGGUGAGCCAUAGAAAUACUUUUAUAUUGUUGCAAGUGGUAGAUGUAAGUGUGUGAAAGAGGAAGUGUUUAUUAGAGAUUUGAAAGUAAUGAGAGCUGAUGAUCCAAAUAAAAAGAAGCCAUUGAAAUGUGGUUUAAUUAAUUGUAAUAAAAUAUCAAUAUUAGAGACGCUUAAGUAAGAGAAGACAAGAAAAUGAGAGUGAAGAAUACAUCAUUAGAUUUAGAGAGUGUUCCUGGAUUAGGGAUACCUUAAUCUUUUUAAUAUUAAGAAAUAUACAAGAAUAAAGAGUAUAUGGCAUUCAAAUAUCAUUUUCUUUAUAGAGAAUUUGUUAGAGGUGACUUUUUUAUGGGUAGAGUGUUAUUAAAUGAAUAUAAAUUAUUUGAUGAAGAUAUAAUGGAAAUGAAAUAUGAUUUAUCAGAAAAAAGUAGAUUAACAGUGAUUAGUGAUGCAGCAAAAACAGAAGUGUAUAAAUUAGAUAAGGGAUUAUUUCAUUUAGUUAGUUAACCAUUGAAACAACAUUUGAUUGAUGGAAUAAAGAGAAAACCAGAAUUUGAUCAUAUAUUUGAUAUGGAAGAAGCAAAGAAAGUUAAAAAAUGGGAUGCAUAUAAGAUGAAUCUAUUUAAAGCUGUGAUGGAGUAAAAGGAAUUGAAAAAUUGA